CACAUUUGUAUUUUAUCAUAACAAUUUGUGUCACUUGACUUUCACCCCAAGUACACAUUUUGAGGAACUCCCUGUCUCCUCUUUUGGCAGGGACAGAACCCAGAAAUAAUCGCAACUCGAGAGUCUCAAAGCCAUGAAUAGGAACACAUCAAAACUUGUGAAGAUCUUACUGGCUCUCUUCGCUCUGAAUUCUCUUUCUUUAUAUCUUUACUUCUCUCACUCUCAUUCUCAUAAUCACCACUCCCACGACAACCUCCGUUUUAAUGAGAGGUCAAACCUCCGUCUACCCCACCAUUUCUCGAAAGCCUGGCCGAUUCUCCCCUCUUACUUACCGUGGUCUCAGAACCCCAAAGUCCGUUUCCGCUCUUGCGAGGCCUAUUUCGGAAAUGGGUUCACAACCCGUGUUGAUGUUCUCCCUGCUCCGACCGCGGGGAACGGCGGAGGUGGGGGAGCUGGAGGAGGUGGGUGGUUUCGUUGCUUUUACAGUGAGACCCUGAGGAGUUCUAUUUGUGAAGGGAAAUUGAAGAUGAACCAUGAGAAGAUUGCGAUGUCAAAGGGAGGUGAAAGGAUAGAGGAUGUGAUUGGUCGAAGAGAUGAAGAGGAAUUGCCGCAGUAUCAAAACGGUGCGUUUCAGAUUGAGGGAGAUGGGGUUAGGGGUUUUCGAGGGAAGAGAUUAGGGAAAAGGCUCGUAAAUGAUGAUUUUCUUAAUAGAUAUGUGCCGCGCGGCGGGAUUGAUAUGCAUACAAUGAGAGGGUUGAUUGGGUCGAUUGAGGUUGUGGAUUCAAAGGUUUUUGAUGAGUGUGAGCAGUGGGUUGAGGAGCCGGCACUUCUUGUGACCAGGUUUGAGUAUGCAAAUGUUUUUCACACGUUUACAGAUUGGUACAGUGCAUAUGUGUCUUCAAGAGUUACAGGCUUGCCAAAUCGACCUCAUGUGGUUUUUGUUGAUGGACAUUCUCAGACGCAGUUGGAAGAGACAUGGCGAGCACUGUUUUCAAGCAUUAGAUAUGCUAAAAACUUUAGUGGAGCAGUUUGUUUUCGCCAUGCCAUUCUUUCACCUCUGGGAUAUGAAACUCCACUAUUCAAAGGGCUGAGUGAAGAUAUAGCUUGUCAAGGAGCACCUGCACAUGAGCUGUGGCAAAACCCUGAUGAUAAAAAAACUGCACGAAUAUCUGAGUUUGGAGAAAUGAUUAGAGCAUCUUUUGGGUUUCAAGUAAAUAGAAACCGCAUUGAAAAGCCAGGUUCAGGACACAAUGUCCUUUUUGUUAGACGUGAAGAUUAUUUAGCCCACCCACGCCACGCUGGAAAAGUUGAGUCGCGGCUAAGCAAUGAACAAGAAGUGUUUGAUUCUUUACAGAGUUGGGUAUCUAAUAAUCUGGCAUGUAAAAUAAAUCUUGUUAAUGGAUUGUUUGCACAUAUGUCUAUGAAGGAUCAAGUCCGAGCCAUUCAAGAUGCUUCAGUUAUUAUCGGUGCUCAUGGUGCUGGUCUCACUCACAUAGUAUCUGCUUUGCCGAAAACCGUGAUUCUAGAGAUAGUUGCAAGCCAAUAUAGACGCCCACAUUUUCAACUGAUUGCACGGUGGAAGGGUUUGGAAUAUCAUGCCAUUUAUCUUGAUGGAUCAUAUGCCAAACCUGCUGUUGUUACUGACAAGCUUAGCAGCAUAUUGAAAAAUCUUGGGUGCUGAAUUAUUUUUGGUUUUGCCUGCAAUUGACACAUCCUCUCGUGGAGAGCAGGGAGUUGGAAGUGAUCUAAAUCAUUUUUGUCUUCUCUUUUAUACAGUUAGCUCUGCUGCUGCUGAUUAUGAAAUUUUUCAAUAAAGGAUUGGUGCAGAAAAUCCUCAAACUGGGUCUUAUCGUAUUAAAGAGUUCAAUCAAAUCUUGUCAAACCAAGCAGGUUGGUCAGGAAAUGCCACAGGUAGAUAGAAUCCUGGACCCUUAUCUGAAUUAGCAAAUGUUCUGGGCAUGCUCGGGCAGAUCAGGAUUAAGAAUGGCAGCAGAUGUUAACCUGACAGACUGACCUCACCUGAAGGGCUGGCAAAUUUGAGUAAUUUUUCCAAGAACUAAUUUUAAAUUUAUUCACACUGAUUGCUUAUUGUGAUCGAUUACUGGACACAUUCAAUUUGUUUGCACCAACUGAAUCAUAUAUCGUGUUAACAUAUUGAUAUUCAUUGAAGCCAAAAAUGAGCAUUUUUGCUUUUACAACUACAUCAGUUUUGUUGCUGGCACAGAUUUUUGGCCUUGCAUUGUCUUUGAACUUCUGGAAAUGUAUAUGAUGUUGAUGGAAAGCUACUGCACCCAUUUGGGUUUA